GGAAGGUCCAGGGGCUCCUGCUCCCCUCCCCGCUGCCCUGCCCUGACCGUGUCUCUGCAGGGCCCAGCAUGGUGCAGAUCGUCAUCUCCAGCGGUGGCACCGGGGCCCUGGCACAGUGGGUGCUGCUGGAGCUGCAGGGCGAGGUGGAGCCCCGGCAGAGCGGGGACCUGGCCGGGAGCCUGCUGGGAGACCUGCACUACACCUGUGAGGGCGUCCCUGUGCUCAUCGUGGGGCACCACAUCCUCUACGGGAAGGUGGUGCAGCUGGAGAAGCCGUUUGCUGUGCUGGUGAAGCAGGGAGGAGCCUCCCAGCCCAGCCCCGGGGAGCCCCAGGGCCACUACACCGUUACUGCCCUCAUCAAAACCAAACUGCUCUUCAAAACCCGCCCCAAGCCCAUCAUCACCCACGUGCCCAAGAAGGUCUGAGGGGAAGGAUGUGGGCUACGAACUCUGAUCUGCUGAUGGAAAAAGCAGCAGGCACUUGGGGAGAUCCAGGAGCUCACCCCUCUCCUGCACAGGGACACUGGCACUGCUGGGUCCUGUGUCUGGGUCACUUGUCCCCCCCAAAAUGACUCUUUUCAGAGAGCAACCAAGCUCUUGGCCACAGACCCCGUGGAUCAGCCCGGGGCCAUGGCUC